AUGGCGUCCCCAGCUCGCCCCCCUUUCCCGCAACCAUCCAACCCCUCGGUCCCUCAAUCUGAUACCCAACACGCUUCAUCCUCAUCUGACCUCGUCAACUCCCGAGAUAGCCUCCCAGCCAAUAACUCGACUCUUCGAUACAGCCAAGGGCAAACGAACAAUCGGCCACGAAUUCAUUCAUUGUCGCUGCGAUCGCGUGCAUUCUCGUCAGCUUCCUCAACCUCCUCCUCGUCCGUCCGCCGUAAACCUCUGCCAUCUACGGCAUCUCCCCUAGCCACGAGGUUCUCCUCCGGCUCACAUCUCGCGGCCACAAUCGAGCUGCCCGAACCUUCGCUUCCACGGCUAUACACAUCGGACAGCCCUACCCUUCACGAGUUUCCUCCAACAUCGAGACUGCCAUUUCAGCCGGCCCGGGAACAGUCCUCGACCGACCGUCCAUCCAGAACUUCAAACGAACAACGUGUUUCGAUAUCAAAAUCUUUGUCCCCUGAACCGUCCCCCACGGAAGUCACCAAGAUACAUACACCCAACCCCCCAGAUAGCUAUCUGGCAGAAGAUGCAAGGUUGACCCUCGACUCUGCUCUCACCUCAGCCUCUGAAUCUAUUGGGACAUGGUAUAGUGCGUCAAGUACAACAAGUUAUCCGCAGUCUACUAUGUCCAUUUUCUCCAACAAGCCCACACCACCACACAACAUCAACCAACCACAUAAUAUAUCACGGACUUUCAGUAACGAAUCCAACGAAUCUAAUACGACCAUAUCCAAGUCGCAACCGAAAUCCCCCGGGGGCUCCAAGCUCGGGUCAUUCUUUGGCUGGGGAGGGGAUAAAUCUCCCAUCUCACCGACAGCCUCCUACUCCGAAAGCUCUAUCUCUCCGAUACCUUCACCUCAGAUAACCCAAAGCCUUACUCACGCCGAUGCGUCCAGGACGAAUGCUUCAAGACCCGUACCCACAGCCAUCGACGUGCCGAAGGCCAAUGCCGACCCAGGACAAUAUUUUGGAGGUUCGUAUUUACAAAUACCGCUGGCAACGCCUACGACACCAAUUCAAGUCGAAGAGAUGGAGAGGGAAUUGAAAGAAAUCAGUUCGGAGCUUGCGGCCUCCAUUAGGCGCGAGAUGGACUUGGAGGAUCUUGUCGACCGCUUACAAUCGGAGGCACAGAACACCUCGAGUCCUGGAAAGAGGACAAGUGACUACUUCUCCGACUCUGGAACCAGCUCCAUCCGAUAUGGGGAGCCGGACGCAAAGCAAGAUGAGCUGGAUCGUCUGAUCCGAAAGACGGAGCAAGAGAAGGCCCAAAUGAGAGUAGAAGUUAGUGAAAAGGUCCAGGAGGAAAGGUCUCGAAGAAAAGUUCUCGAGUCCCAUAUCCGAACUCUGGAAGAAAAGGCUUCACAGGUCGACCUUGUUUCAAUAAACUCUCUUGAUACUAAUGGGCGAUUAAAAGAUCUAGAAUCGACCUGCGAAGAUCUUCGGCGGCGACUUUCUGAAGAGCGCCAAGUGAAGGAUAACUUUGAGGACCUGUUGACCGCACUCAAAGGCGAGCUAGAAAGCUCACACAAUGAGCGAGAUAAUCUCCGCGAUGAAAUUGUACCUCAGCUGCGUGCACGUGUUGAAGGACUGGAGGCACAAGCUGCGCAACAUGAGCAACUCACCUAUGAGCAGACAAAGAUGCAGCAAGAAUUCCAAGCACUCAAAAGCGAAAAUUCAAGUUUGAUCCAGGCUCAGAGGAUGCAGACGGAGAUGAAGAAGUUCGACAGCAUAGCGGAAGAGGGUUCAUUUCAGAGAUCACGGGGGGCGUCUAUAGGUUUGAGUAGGUCGAACUCUCUUGCUCAAGCUCCUGCUUCCCGGUCACGGCCGCCAUCACUCACCAGAUCCACAUCGGUAAAGACAACCGAGUCGAGAGAAGCUCUUGCGGAGCGGGUAAAGGAUAUCGAAUUGCAACGCGAUGCGCUACACCGUGCUUUGAAGAGCUUACUUGAACGGCAAGAGCACCAGAAUCGUGAGAACCAGAAGAAGAUCCGCCAACUCGAAAUGGAGCGCGAUCGAGCCCUUACGGAUUCGCCUAGACGGAUGGGCUACGACCGGGAAGUCGCUAAUCUUCGAGAAGAGAUUAAUACGCUUCGCCGCCGGGCAGACGAGGCCAUAGAACAGAAAUGGCAGUGCGAAAAGGGCCUCAGCGGUUUGAAGAUGGAUCUUGACCGUGCUGAACAAGAGAUCGGAUCGUUGCGGAAUCUAUUACAAGAAAACGAUAUCCUUAUACCAGCUGAGACACGGCCACGCAGCGGCGAGGCCCCUGAAAGUGGUCACGUAUCAUCGGAAAGCCUUGAGCGCGCCUACCGGGAUUUGCAGAAGGCCUAUGCCCAGUCGCUAGAUCGGGUCAAGAACCUUGAACUCUCCGGCCCGAAGGGUCAGGAGACGAGUGAGGCAAUAAAGCAACUCGAACGGAGUCUUGCGAAUGCGACCUCCGAACGGGAUUUUGCGAAAAGAGAAGCCGAUUCCUUACGAGGCCAGACCGAUUCCCUGAGAGCCGCUGAGAAAGCACAAGUUGGCGAAGAACUUGCCCUCGCAGAUGAGUUACGCAAUUCUGCAAAGCGGGUGGAGGGGCUCGCAGCCCAGGUGCAACAACAGCUUGCUUCUAAUAGCACGUUACGGAAGCGCCUAGCCGAGACUAUAGAACGCGGGGAGAAGAAUCAAAGUACCAAUGCAGAGAAGAUUAUGUUCAUGCAGAGCAAGCUCAAGUCUCUCGAAGAUCAGCUGAUGGCUGCUCAGCAGACAUCUGAGGCGAGGAUAUCGAAACACGAAGAGGAGAUCUCCAAUCUGAGGGAGAGCCACACUGUCCAACUCCAACGGAUGAAGGACGGACUUCGCUCUCCUCGUCUCUUUGGGUCCAAAUCUCCCACGUCACCCAUGUUCGCCAACUCCCCCCGGACGCCGAAUCUGCUAUCCACCACAUCUGGCAAGGGGAUGAGUGUACAGGAGGACUCAAAAAUGGACUUCCUCAAGCAGCGAGUCAUGGAUCUCGAAAGAGCACUCGCGGAUGCUGAUAGAGAGAUGGAGGAGGUCGUCGGACGAAUGAAUAUCGCGCAGAUCGAGGUCAUGGACCUCCAGAACCAACGGGAGGAAGCCGUCCGCGAGACAAGAAAGCUGCAAAAGAAGGUCGAGGAGGAGAAAUUGAGAGCGUUUGAAGGGCGAUUCGCUAGCAUCACUUCUUAA